AUUUUUUGUUCAUCUUCUUCUUUCUUUGUUUCUUCCGGCACGUUGCGAACACCAAGUGGUUCAGAUUCACACUCCAUAGACACAACCAGCACCUUUGGCAUGAUACAGGUUAGCAAAUAUGAGUGAAGAGUCUGAUUCUAAAGUAGAGUUAGAGGCUAUGGAUCUCUUGAAUCAGUUGGAGGAUAUCCUCGAAUCUGAUGCUCUAAUUGACGAGUUGGGAUUUAUUCAUCCAUCCCAAUUUGCCUUGCUAAAUGAAGAAUCAGACAUUUCGUCUAAUUUAUCUGAUGGGGCUAUGAAUCAAUCAGCAGACAGGGUAGCAAGCUCUGAGGAAUCUUCCAAACCAAAAAACCUAUAUUUCUGGCACAGAGAUCAUAAAUUGGGAAUUUCAACUAAUGUUAUUCUACCGCUAUAUAGAGCUGCUAAACAUGUGUUUAUGACUACAAUCAAAGAAUACAAGAUGUGUGACAAUCAAUCUGACAAAUUUGGAAAUUGUUUAACUGCUUCCUCUUCUUGUGACCAUCUUGAAAGUAUACUUCUGAGACACAGCAAGUCUCUUCUACUGCUAAGCUGUGAUUUUAUGACUGCUUGGAAUCACAG